GAACUCGGCCGGCGCUCGGCCUCCCCCAUCCCCCGGUAACGGUCGCUGGUGAGUUUAAAUGAGACGGGUCUGGCCGAGCCGCAGCCGCUGCCGGGGGCCUGAAGCGGAGCGGGGAGCGGGGAGCGGGCCCCGACCGCCACCAUGACGGUGCUGCAGGAACCCGUCCAGGCUGCUAUAUGGCAAGCUCUAAACCACUAUGCUUAUCGGGAUGCGGUUUUCCUCGCAGAGAGACUGUAUGCAGAAGUACACUCAGAAGAAGCAUUGUUUUUACUGGCAACGUGUUAUUACCGCUCAGGAAAGGCAUAUAAGGCAUAUAGACUCUUAAAAGGACACAGUUGUACCACCCCACAGUGCAAAUACCUGCUCGCAAAAUGUUGUGUCGACCUCAGCAAGCUUGCAGAAGGAGAACAGAUCUUAUCUGGAGGAGUGUUGAAUAAGCAGAAAAGCCAUGAUGACAUCGUUACAGAGUUUGGUGACUCUGCUUGCUUUACUCUUUCCUUACUGGGACACGUGUACUGCAAGACAGAUCGGCUUGCCAAAGGAUCAGAAUGUUACCAAAAGAGCCUUAGUCUAAAUCCUUUCCUCUGGUCCCCCUUUGAAUCAUUAUGUGAAAUAGGUGAAAAGCCAGAUCCUGACCAAACCUUUAAGUUAACAUCUUUGCAGAAUUUUAGCAGCUGCCUACCCAACACUUGCACAACCCUAAUAUCCAAUCACAGCGUAUCCCACCGACAACCUGAAACAGUCCUUAUGGAAACCCCACAAGACACAAUUGAAUUAAACAGACUCAACUUGGAAUCCUCCAACUCCAAGUACUCCUUGAACACAGAUUCCUCAGUGUCUUACAUUGAUUCUGCUGUCAUUUCGCCAGACCCCGUUCCCCUGGGAACAGGAACUUCCAUAUUGUCCAAACAGGCUCAGAAUAAACCAAAAACUGGGCGAAGUUUAUUGGGAGGACCGGCUGCUCUUAGCCCGCUGACCCCAAGUUUUGGGAUUUUGCCACUAGAAACCCCAAGCCCCGGAGAUGGAUCCUAUUUACAAAACUACACUAAUUCAUCUUCAGUUAUCGACGUGCCAUCCACGGGAACUCCUUCGAAGAAGAAAUUUUGUGUUUUGCAGUCGGUUCCCCGAAUCAGCCAAGCUGGAACAAAGUCUGUCUUCUCCCAGAGUGGAAAUAGUCGAGAGGUAACUCCUAUCCUCGUUGCACAAACACAGAGCUCCGGCCCUCAGACGAGUACGACACCUCAGGUAUUGAGCCCCACUAUUGCUGCUCCACCUAACGCACUGCCUCGAAGAAGCUCCCGGCUAUUCAGUAGUGACAGCUCGACCACGAAGGAGAACAGCAAAAAGUUAAAAAUGAAGUUUCCGCCUAAAAUUCCAAACCGAAAAACAAAAAGUAAAACAAAUAAAGGCGGGAUAACUCAGCCCAACAUCAAUGAUAGUCUGGAAAUAACCAAAUUGGACUCUUCCAUCAUUUCGGAAGGGAAGAUCUCGGCAGUGACCCCCCAGAUCCAGGCUUUCACUCUUCAGAAAGCAGCCGCAGAAGGUUUGAUGAGCCUUCUUCGUGAUAUGGGAAAAGGUUAUUUAGCUUUGUGUUCAUACAACUGCAAAGAAGCUAUAAAUCUGUUGAGCCACCUCCCUUCACACCACUACAAUACUGGUUGGGUACUGGGCCAAAUUGGGAGAGCUUAUUUUGAACUCUCUGAGUACAUGCAGGCUGAAAGGAUCUUCUCCGAAGUUAGACGGAUUGAAAACUACAGAGUCGAAGGCAUGGAAAUCUACUCUACGACCCUAUGGCAUCUACAGAAAGACGUCGCCCUGUCUGUACUCUCGAAGGAUUUAACAGACAUGGAUAAAGACUCCCCAGAGGCCUGGUGUGCUGCAGGAAACUGUUUCAGUUUGCAGCGAGAGCAUGAUAUUGCAAUUAAAUUCUUCCAGAGAGCUAUCCAAGUUGAUCCAAACUAUGCUUAUGCCUAUACUCUGCUGGGGCAUGAAUUUGUGUUGACUGAAGAAUUAGACAAAGCACUUGCCUGUUUCAGGAAUGCAAUCCGAGUCAACCCCAGACAUUACAAUGCUUGGUAUGGCCUGGGCAUGAUUUAUUACAAGCAAGAAAAAUUCAGCCUGGCCGAAAUGCACUUCCAGAAGGCACUUGACAUCAACCCACAGAGCUCAGUCUUACUUUGCCAUAUUGGAGUGGUUCAGCAUGCACUGAAAAAAUCUGAAAAGGCUUUGGAUACCUUAAACAAAGCCAUCAUUAUUGACCCCAAGAACCCACUAUGCAAAUUCCACAGAGCCUCCGUCUUAUUUGCAAAUGAAAAAUAUAAGUCUGCGUUACAGGAACUUGAAGAAUUGAAACAGAUUGUCCCCAAAGAAUCUCUUGUUUACUUCUUAAUAGGAAAGGUUUACAAGAAGCUAGGGCAGACCCAUCUGGCCCUGAUGAACUUCUCCUGGGCAAUGGAUUUAGAUCCAAAAGGAGCCAACAACCAGAUUAAAGAGGCCAUUGACAAGCGGUACCUUCCAGACGAUGAGGAGCCCAUCACCCAAGAAGAACAGAUCAGUGAGUGUUAUCCGUAUGAAUCAGUUGGAACAGACGAAUCACAGGAGAGCAGCAUGACAGAUGCCGACGACACACAGCUCCACGCAGCCGAGAGCGACGAGUUCUGACCCCCAGGAGCUGGGAGCCGGGGGCCCGUCGUCCCUCUGCAUCUCAGCCUCCGCGGCCCAAGCUGAGAGCCGCACCGUUGGCCCCUUCGACCAUGAGGGGGCCCAGCUGUGAACCCCAGACUCUCCACAGACUGGAACUGUCCCCGGAGCGUACACACGACGCCUGUGCAAUACUCGCUCUACCAAGGCCGACUCUUUCACCUGGAUGAACAUAGCAAUUGGAAGGAGAAAGACUUUUUUUUUAUUUCUCUCCCCUCCCUCUCCCCCCCACCCUGCCCCUUCAACCUCCCUUUUUUUGGAAAAAAAGGAUCAUGAACGGAAGAGUUGGGAAGAGUGCUGUAAGGGAGCCUAUCUAUGUGGGGGGAAAAGGUUGAAGCCCAAUUUCUUUAUCUUUCUCCGAAAACUCGUCUUAAUUUGGUUCUGUCUUGGUGAGUGUGACUGCCCCCUUGUUUCUAGACUCCUCCAGGUUGGUUUUGGCAAGUGCAGGAAGGGAUGGUAAAAGACUUUACCUGUUACAGGAUAACUUGAAUGCCAAGGAAUGUAAAUGUCCUAAAAACAGCCGUGUCUCCAGGAAGCACCCAGAAAGGCACUCCCAAUACUCGUGUUCCGUCCUGUCCCAUCGUCCUCCAGACCCCACCCACCUCAUCCCAUCUCUUUGUUCUUGGUCAGAUGAGAACCCCCUUAUCCCCCCACCACCCAAGAAAAGCCCCCAGUACAGAAUGCUUUAAUAUCUAACCAAGAAUUCAGUGUAUUUACCUGGUUUCCAAAGUGUCGGUCAUUGCCAUCUUGGUCUUGCAGGCUCAAAGCUUAUACCCCUAAUGAGUCACCUCUUCUCUCUGAACCUGGCAGGAGCAGAUCUAACAUUCAGGGAAGAAAGAGAGGUUGCCGCUUGGCAGAACGGAGGCAGUUUGCCACCGAGCCUGGGAAUCCGCAGAAAACCAAACCCCUUACACUAAGUGACUCUGGUGUCUAAGAGAGUAGGACAGUGGAAGCCACAAUCCAAUCAGACAAUUCUUGCACUGAGCUUGAACCCGUACCUGUUCAACCCCCUAUUCCCUUUCAGCCUCUAUGUGUAGGGUCUCAGCGGGCCCCAAGUGCCCACCCCCUCACCCCACAGAUCCUUGCCGUAUCACCCACUUCCAGGGUGUGUGAGCUGGGGUCGAUGGCCCCAGACUCACCUGGGGCUUUUAUCUGACAAGAAAGCAAGGCUGGAGCGAGGAAGCAAGACUUUCCAUCGGGCUCAGCCUCGCUCGGCCCCAGCGUCUGCUUUCCUUUGCGAAGGGUACAGAAAUGUGUAAUCUCUAAGCAGUUUUUGAGAGCCAAUUAUGCACAAUAAAUUGGGAAUGGUUGACAUUUCACUGCAACAAACUUGUGGAGCAGUCUUAAGAUGUUUCUCCUUUUAUUUUUUUAACAUAUCUCCUAUUUUUUUUUAGAUGGCCUUUAGUUGUUAACACUUUUUUUUUAUUUAGUGCCAUUGCCCCAGAGUAGAGAGAGCACAGAACAGUCUCCUCGCGGCACAUUGGCCAGAUGUUGCUUUGGGUUACUUGAGGCUGAGGGAAAGAUUGAUUCAGCCACGGACUUUGGCACUAGCCCACCAAGCUGUGAAUUUGGGCAGAUUGUACACUAGGUGCCAGGGCAGCAGGGCCCCCAACCUGCCCCAUGGGGCUCCCGGGUGAAGGUGGACUGACUCCCAGUGAACCGACGGGGCAGCCAACAGAACCAGGAAGAAACAGCGGGUCCGGGGGAUGCUGGCUUCAACCUGCCUGUGGCCCCGUGGGGCCAUGCCCAAACGACACCUGAUGAAGGUCUGGGGAGGUGGGACAGGAGCCCCAGGGGAGAGCGGUGGAGGGGGAAGGAGAGGGAGAGAGAGGAGGCCCGUGGGAUGGGUCAUCUUCAGGGCGAGCUCUUGGGUUGCUGUGAGGUCACCCGUUUGGUUACCCUCAUGGAGUUGGUGUGUAUUUAAAUUGGGAUGUGUUGUUUUUGUGGGAUUUCUUUUUUCCUUUUUGAAUCGUCCCGCCUUAAUCCCCCUGUACAAUCCCGAGUCUGUUUCAGAGCAGAACGUCAGCAGGGUGCCGUGAGGGGACCCAAGUGUGCAGUCUGGGGCAAGCCGGGGGUGCUGCUGCUCCCUGCCCCCUGCUAGGUCUCAUGUUUCCGUUGGAUGAACACUGCUUAUGCUUUCGGGGGCGGUGGUGCCUCUUGCUGGUGACAUAUAGAAGGGUGGAUGCAUACAGGAGCUGCACCUCGCACUCACCAUGGAGGGAUUCUGUUGACUUUGGGAAGUUACACUCUGAUCCACUCUUUUUUUUUCUUUUUUUUUUCCUUUACUUCCUGAGGUCCAUUGGCAAAACCAUGGAAUUCUGGGAAAGGUGUCUUUACCCCUCACCCUGCACCCCUGCUUUUGGCUCUUUACUAUGGUGGGCCAGGGCCACCAGCCCGAUGAGACACCCUGCUCCCACUCUCUUUUCCCAGAAAGGAAACCUCUUGUGAUCAAAUGGAUAGUUGUGGUUUUAAGGGUCAGGUAAGAGGAUAGGACUAAAAGAAAAGAAUUUAAGUGUCUUGACAGUUCCCCUUUUUUAAGCCGUUAAUAUUGUUUAUACUUUAGUUCAGAAGUUACAAGUUGUUGCAUUGGGACUAAUUCUUUUAAAUUUAUCUUUAAAAGGGUCUUAACUCUGGGAUUUUAAAAGGAUAUGAAUUCUCCUGAAGCGUGAACGGUCACAUUCGGACAAGUGAAAAGCAGCCACUGCUUUCUCCAUAUGUCAUUACUUAAGACAUCUUUUUUUCCCAAGAUUUGCAAGUAACAUUUGAACCAUGCUGCUGUCGUAACUUGAACAAACGAAAAAACACCCUCAGUGAUAGUAUUGAGACCAUUAAAACAAGCUCUUUUUGAAGAAAAGAGUUCUGAGGUCUGACUAGCCAGAGUUUAUCUAGGUGUUCACUGAGACUGUCAUUUUCUUAAUACAAAACGUGAUAACUUGGAAAAAAGAAAUGCAGGUGUGGGUGUGAUGUGUACUAUUUGCAUUGAAGCAAUGUAAUUUUGUGUCUUUCCUUUUUGCUUUUCCUGACUUUUUAUUUCAAAAAUUGUACAGUCUUAGGGGAAAAAAAGUCUUUUCUGUUAAUAUAUUUGCAAUUCAUUAAAGGAUGUGGAAAAUCCAAAUAAAUUACUUUUAAAAACAG